UUGAGUGACAUAGCGCAUUAAUAUUUUGUUUUCAGUCGUCCAAGAUGGUGGCUGGCAUUCGACGUGUCAAAGAAAUUAAACAUCCGGAAAUGGUUUUCUCACAUUUUAUAUUGUUUUAUAGCAUAUUCUUUUGUGCAGUGUGUAAGGUAAAUACCGCAAAUUUACCUCCUUACGAAGUUAAGAACAAUGCUGGUAAUGUUCCAAAUCCACAAAUUCAGAAUGUCAACAUGCAGGCUCAACAAAAUCUAGCCGGUGCAGCUGGAGGCGGUGCAAACCUUAAUAACAUACCAAUCCAUCAGGAUAUUAAGAAACCCUUUGGCAUGGGUAAUAAUAUGAAUCUUGGACAACAACAUGACAAUCAGCCCAAUAUGGUACUAGGUGGGCAAGCUGGCCAGCAAAGACCCAUUGGUGCACGUAAAAACAUCAUGUUGUCAACACACCCUGAUUGCCAAGAAGAUGUAGAAGCGCUGUGCAAUACUGACAAUUUAAGAAAGAACAACUUUGCAGUUUUGGAUUGUUUGCAAGCUGAUAUUGAUAUCCAGUCAAAGGUGUCAGAAAAGUGCCAGAAUCUUAUUUAUCACUACAAGAAGAAUCUUACCAAGGAUGAUAGAUUUGAGUCUGGAGCGAGUGAAGUGUGUCGGACUGUAUUUGAGCAAUAUCCUGAAUGCAGAGAUCUUCCAUCAGGUAAGGGUAUACGAAUUCCAUGCUUGAUUGAACAGAUGGACAACAUUACAGACAGAAAUUGCCGCAAGUUUCUCUCUAAGAUGGCGAAUAUCGUGUUUGGCGAUUAUCAACUGGUCUGGCACUUCCACGAGAACUGUGCGGUGGAUAUUGAAAAAAAUAAGUGCGGUAGACUUGACGAUGGUGAUGCUAAUAAACCUCACAUGCAAGGGAAGACAAUUCUUUGCUUAUCAAAGAAAUUACGGAGUUUAGAUGACAAGUGUAAGAAGCAGGUUCUGCGUGUGGCCGAGCUCCAGUCAGAUGAUUAUCACCUUGAUAGACCAUUGUACUACGCUUGCCGUGAAGCCAGGGAAACGUUUUGUGACAUGGUUCAUGCCGGUGGUGGAAAGGUGUUUGAUUGUCUGUUCAAACAUAAGAAUGAUCCUAGCAUGCCAGAUGAGUGCAAAGAAUUGAUAACUGUUAGGCAGCAGCUUAUAGCAGAGGAUGUACGAGUUAAGAAAUCUUUCUUUGAGGCGUGCAGACUUGAUAUCAAACAGAAUCAUUGUCUACGAACAGUGCCCUCUGGUGAUGAAAAUACGGAGCGUUCUCAUGUAUUACUUUGUCUCGAAAGUGCACUUAAAUCUGAUAGAAAAUUAUCGGGUCAGUGUGUUGCGGAGAUGACUCAACUGAGGAGAUCUUUGAUGGAAGAUUACCAGAUUACACCUGAAAUUGUCACAAGAUGUGAAUUGGAGAUAAACAAGUUUUGUAACCGCGGUAAAGACCGUGAAGGUAAAACAUUACACUGUUUGAUGGAACAUGCCAACGCUAGAGAGAGACAGAGACUGAAAGGGAACAAUCAAGCAGAUACACCUGAAUUUAGUACUCAGUGUAGAGCUGCGCUUGAAAAUUUGAUGAAAGAGGCAGAUAUUGGCUCCGACUUCACUGUGGAUAAAGUACUGGCAGAAGCUUGUGCUGAAGUGCUACAAAAUGACUGUAAAGAUGCUGGAAAAGAAGGGGCUGUUAAUUGUUUAAUGGAGAAGGUGGACUCUGAUCACAUGACAGACGAGUGUGAAGACAGACUUCUGGAGAUACAGUACUUUAUUGUCAGAGAUUUCAGGUUAGACGCAGAUUUGUACAAGGCUUGCCAUAGAGAUGCCGUAGCCCAUUGUAACGCGCCAGAAGAAUGGAACACUAAAGACCCCACAGUAGAUUUAUCACCAAUGGUUUUCCCAUGUUUAUAUAGGCAUAUGAAAGAUGAGGAUAUUAAAAUGAGUAAAAAAUGUGUGCAUGAGAUACAUCGUGUAAUGAGAAGACGGGCUAAGAGAAUUGAUUUGGAGCCAGAAAUAGAGCAGGCGUGUCUUAAAGAUCUUGGGGCGUAUUGUUCUGACCUGGAACAUUAUGGCAAAGGAAAAGAGAUGGAAUGCCUUCAAGACAAUUUGGAUUCUCUGGAUGAUGAGGAGUGUGUCAAGAUGGUACGUGAGUUUACAGAAGAUCAGGAUGAAGACCUUGACCUUGACACGGUGCUUAUGCGAGCAUGUACGCCAAUGAUAAAAAAAUUCUGCGAGGAGCUUUUGAAACAUGAUGCCCAAGCUGGGGAUGUUAUGGACUGCCUUGUUGAAAACAAAAACCACCAUGAAAUGAAUUCCAAAUGUAAAGCUGGAAUAGAACAUCAUCAAGUGAUACAACUGAAGGACUAUAGAUUCUCACACAAGUUUAAGGAGGCCUGUAAGCGCGAUGUAGAGGAUAACUGUAAAGACAAACAUAAAAAAACAGAGAUUGUAUCGUGUCUGAGUGAGCUUGUAAGGGAUGCUACGCUGAAAGAGGAUAAACAUGUAAUUUCUGACGCUUGUAGAAAUCAGCUUAGAGUGGAAGUUCUCUCAAGGAGUGAGACUAUAGAACUAGAUCCAGAGUUGAAACUAAUGUGUCAGCCAUCUAUAAAUAAAUAUUGUCAGGGAAAGCAUGCUGGGAAUUCUGAGGUAAUUGAGUGUUUGAAGAGACAUGCAAAGGAUUUAACUAAAGAUUGUCAUCAGAAGAUCUUCCAAAGAGAGAUUGAUGAAGCUGUGCAAGGAGCAGAUUAUCUUUUGUUCAGGGAAUGUAAACAAAUGAUAAUGACAUAUUGUAAGCACAAGGACCAUGGUGAUGUAUUUGAAUGUUUGAAGAAUAGUAUGAACAGUGAUGGUUUUGAUUCUAAAUGUAGAGGAGUUGUUCUCAGAAGAGCUAUGCAACAAACAAAAGAUUACAGACUAAAUUUAAACCUGGCGAAGUCUUGUCGACUGGAUAUACCCAAGUUCUGUAAGGAUGUUGUUGCCGAGGCUAAAAGAGAGGAGUCAAAUCUUGAAUAUGAAGGAAGGGUUAUAAAUUGUCUCAAAAUACAUUUUAUCAAAAAGGAGCUUUCAAAAGAAUGUCAUAUAGAGAUUAAGUCAUUGAUUAAAGACACAAAACUUGAUAUAAACAUGGAUCCUGUACUUAUGCAUGCUUGUGAAUCACAGAUAAGAGCAUACUGUCAUCAAGAGAUAGGUGACAUGGAGGCAAACCAAUUAAAGUUCUCUCCACAUGAUACUGGAGAUAAAGUACAGAUCUGCUUACAAGAGAAAUACAAGGAAGGAAAAGUUUCACAAACAUCUGUCUGUGGAAGGGAGAUAGCUAGAACAAUUGAGGAGGCUCAUGUUGACAUUAAUAUAGAUCCUCAGUUACAUGUGGCUUGUCAGCAAGAUCUAAUGAGAUGGUGUCAUGACAUUGACUCUGGAGAGGGAAAAAAAAUGUCUUGUCUGCUCACUGUAUUAGAGGAUUAUCCAGAUAAGAUGAAAGCCAAGUGUAGUACACUUCUAGCACAGCGCAGAACUCUCUGGGAAUAUGCAGCAAAGUAUGCUCCGGCAGAGUCCCUAAGUGACUUGAGUCAACAAGUGCUCUCAUCUCCAGCGAAAAACUAUUUGAUGGGUGUUUUAAUGACAAUCAUAGGAAUUAUAUUUAUAGUUGGAAUUACAUGUGGUAGAGUGACUAAACGUGUUACUAGGGAACAGAAAACUAAAUAAUUCUGAUACAGCUUCUAUUUAUACUAGAGUGAAUGAUGAACAUUUGUGACUAAACUACUGCAGAGAUAUAAAAAUGGAAUGAAAGUGCUAUUAAAUUUUAUAUAAACUUACAGCUAAUGUGUUAACUUUUGAUAAUUGAGGUGAUAAUUUUAUAACUAUUCUUACAAUGUCGUCAUCAUUCAUAAAGAAUUAGAAUUUAGUUUUUGCAGAAAUAAUAUUUCAGAUUUUGAAGAAGAAAUAAAAAGGCACUGAUACAUUAAAUGAAUGAAUCUAGGUUAAUUAUUAUACUUACAAAGUUAUCAUUUAAACAUUUUCUCUGUGGGUGGGAACUAUUAUCAACCAUACAACCAGUACAGCCCAUUUGUGCUGCCUGAUCAUGGUCUGCACUUUUGGCUAUACAGUCAGUGCUUUAUUUUGAAAAUUAUACUAAAUAUGAUGAAUGGUUUUGUCCUGAUUAAAAGAUGGAUUAGUCUAUUUAGCAUGGUAAGGGUUACCCGAGCAUAGAACCUUUUAUCACAAUACAUUCAACUCCUUAUAUAUGGCAGAAAUAUUAUAAUAAUUUAAUUAAGC